AUGGAAGUCCAAGAUGACAAUGAUUUGCCGCAUAUCACACGAAAUCUGGUACAAAUACAACACAUGGGCGAAAGACUUUGUCCAUCGAGGGGGUCUGGCAUUGAAGUAAAAGCUGCUCGUCUCUUCGGUCCUAAAAUGAGUUACGAGCUGCCGCAGAAAUUAUCCUCUAAAUUGGAAACCUUGGUACCUGCCAACGUUUAUGAAACUGUCCCUCGAAUUCCGGAAUCCGAUAUCCAGUCAUUUCUUAAGUCGGAAAGAGAGAACGCACUUUUCAGCGCACUUCUUAUGACCAGAAAAUCCGUAAGCCAUAGUUUGUGUCACAACCAGUUGGUUCUAUAUUUUCAGUUUUGUGUCAUUUUUAUUAGCCUACCACAAUUGAUGAAGUCUGUUUCAUAAGUUGUUUGAUAUUCCAUACCAUUUUAUGAAAAAAGGAUAGAGCAUUUAAAUCUCUUCCCAUUAUCAUACCGAAGUAACAGACGUGACGUAAUUUUGUCAUACCGUGAUUUAGGGAUUGACCUUUCAAACCUUUUCUCUCCCUCGAGAAUACAUUUACGAGGUCACCACAAGAAGGUGCGCAAGCCAACGCCGAACAAAAGACGCGUGGAAUUAGGAUUCUCUCAUAUAGUGGUCGACGACUGGAACUCCUUACUUGAUUCGGUAAUAACAUCUCCAUCGGUGAACGCUUUCAAAGAGAAACUAGGUUUCUGCAGAGAUACAUAUCGCAAGGAUUAACCGAAUCGACAAGAGCCUUCUAUCCUUAUAAUCUGAAUCUGAGUGAGAAUUUGUUUCCUGAACUUUCUCAUGUUUGCAUACGUUUGUAGGACAAAAUAGCAUUACCUCUUGAUGACUAUGGAGCGGUAAAAUUAAGAAACCAUCAUUUAGGUCUUAUUUUAAUCGAGAGAACUGAUUGACUACGCUCUUGAAAGUGAGAGAUUGAGUGUUCUCUCUCCGAUCACUACCUUUGAGAAAUAUACGAGUAGCUGUCGUUUUAUGUCACUUUUGGUAGUAUAUAUGCACUAUCAUUGCUGGAAAGAGAAACAAAGCUGUGAUUGUCAUAUUAACACAACACAGCUACAAUAGUCAUAUGUGUAGCUGAGUGCUUACGUAACCUGUGUUCCUGAUUUACUAAUUUCUUGCACUUGAAACAGCGGGGACCAGGGUUUUGAUCAUGGAUAUAAAAAAAUGUUGUUAUCUCUUUUCCUUUUAUCGGUGUGUGCUGUGGCUACUAACAUUUACAAAUUUCUUUUAUUUCAGUUUAGAUAUAGGGUAAAUGUUGGCAUUGGAGUACAGCUUAUUUAAAACUAGGUUUGUGUUAGACUCCAUAGCUCCCCAGAUAACACGGUUUACUUCCUCCCUGUAAUAACAUUUCUUAGUAGUUAAGAUACUUUUCAUGAUUUAAUUUCCCCUCCCCCCCCCACAGAUAUUUGAAGAAGUAGAGGAACGUUGCGAGGCUUACUUGCAAAGCUGGUGGAGACAAGUGGCUAAUCGAGUGAGUAUUCAGUAGUUUCUCCAGUUCAAUCGCACAUACAGACACUGGUUUAGAAAACUAUAAUCAACCAAAUUGGCUGGAUCAAAGAUAAACUUUAAAUCUAACACAUGAUGAACUAAUAUACGCAAACCAGGUACUUUUUGAAUACUUCUUAUGCUAA